AGACCCUGAGUCAUUGUCUAUGAAUACACUGGCAGUCUGUACUGUAGUGAGUGUGUCCAAGCCAGCUAACCUCAAGGAGGAAGAUGUGGGAGAUGCGCACAGACACAAACAUAUGUCCUACAGAACAUGAAUGAAAAAGGACACUGAUGCUUCUGAGUGUGAAGUAACACGCAUAGGUUACACUACAGAGAGUUCUGGACUUACCCUCUCUUUCUCUCUCUUUCUCACACACACACACACACACAUUCUAACACACACCCUGAGACAUGGAUACUAUGGUGAAGCAGUCUCUGGCGGUGCCCUUGAAGAAGCUGUCCAGCUGUGUGACAGGAGUGAAGGAGAGAGAGGUGUGGGCCAGGCGCAGGGCCAAGAGGGGGACAGGAGGAGUAAAGAGCAGCCCUCCACGGAUGGGACAGACCUCCGUCAUACGCUCCUACCAAACUGACCUGGAGAAGGAGAGGAAGCUGAGGGAAGCCCUGAAUGCUCAGAAGCACGCAGAGAGAGCCGCCAUGAGGGAUCACUUCAGGAAGAAGUAUCAACUCUCCAAGAGUUCCAAGGACACCAGCCACCUGAGUGCGGCGCAAGGUAAAGUGGCACUCCCCCGUCAACUGGCUAAACUGAUUGGUCCUGAGACCCCGCCCAAGGACGAUGGCUACAACCUGCUGAGCGCCUUCCAAGGCCUCAACUUCAACAUGGGGAUGCUUGGAGGCAAGCAGACCAAGUCGCCCACUCCAAUGUCAGUCAACGGAGAGGCCUGCAAAGUCAUGUGAUCAAAGAGAACAUACUAGAUACUACACAGAAUCAACCUGCAACAUGCUAAAACAUGCAUUAUGCCUGAAUGAUGAAAAAUAACAUUUUAACACAACGUAGCAGCAGAUUGGAGGGAACACAUUGGCAGACGACUUUGUCACAGUUGCUCCUCUAUCCCUUUAUCUCCUUAUCUGUCUUUAACUCUCUCUUUCUCUCUCUCUCUCUCCACCUCUCUCUCUCUCUUCACCCCUUUUUCCCUUUCUCUCUCUUCCCCCCUCUCCCUCUCUCUCUCUCCCCACCCCCGUCUCUCUCUCCACCCCUCUCUCUCUCUCGCUCUCUCCACCCCUCUCUCUCUCUCGCUCUCCCUCUCUCUCUUCACCCCUUUCUUUCUCUUUCUUCACCAUUUUUUCCCUCUCUCUUCACCCCCCCUCUCUCUCUCUCCACCUCUCUCUCUCUCUUUGUCUCUCUCUCUCUCUCUUCACCCCCCCUCUCUCUGUCUCUCUCGCUCUCUCUCUCUUUUCACCCCUCUCUCUCUCCACCUCUCUCUCUUUCUCUCUUUCUUCACCCCCGCUAUCUCUCUCUUCACCCUUCUCUCUCUCUUCACCCGUCUCUCUCACACCACCCCACCACCACCCCUCUCUCUCUCUCAUUCUCCCUCGCUGAGUUAUCUGCUGAUCAGACUGUUGACAAUAGAGCCAGGCUGUGAGGAUGACUCGUCAGGGGAAAUUAUGUCAUGAAUGACGUCAUCCCUGUGUCACUGAUAGUAGGACAUGGCUGUCAUUGUUACUAUUUGCAUAGAACUGGUCUGGACCAUACAGGAAGUAACUGGAUGAAAGUGGACUGGACCUGUUACAGAUCAUUAGGCCCAUUUAGGGCCCACACACAGGGAAGGAACCCAAACAAGAUAAUAACCUUAAGUGUUGUUUGCACAUUUACUUCACUUUUCACUUCUUAGUUCACAAAUAUUUGUCUUGUUAAUCUUUGUUUUGUACAUAACCUUUGACUUUUCUGGGGUAUAUAAGUCAAACGCUGUCCUUAUUAUGUUGU